AAUGACUGCAAAAAUUAUAUCAGAAUUCUUCAUAAAAGAAACGAUGACCGAAUGUAUGUUUGUGGAACCAAAGCAUUCAUCCCAACCUGUGACUAUAUGUCCUAUGCAGAUGGUAAUCUGACUUUAGAGGGUAAACAAGAAGAUGGGAAGGGGAAAUGUCCCUUUGAUCCUUCUCAGCGAUACACAUCAGAGAUGGUUGAUGGAGUAUUGUACUCUGCCACUUCAUUGAACUUUCGGGGUUCAGAGCCGGUUAUGAUGCGCAGCUCAGAGGAAUCCAUACGGACAGAGUUUUCAAGCACCUGGCUCAAUGAACCAAAUUUUAUCCACAUGGCCCACAUACGGGAGGGAGAAUCGAACCCAGAGGGGGACGAGGACAAGCUCUAUCUGUUCUUCAGUGAGACAGCAGUGGAAUAUGACUCCUACACCAAGAUGGACGUCUCUCGAGUAGCUCGCGUGUGCAAGGGAGACUUGGGUGGGCAGAGGACGCUGCAGAGGAAGUGGACUUCUUUUCUAAAAGCAAGGCUUGACUGUCCCGUUCCAAACAACAACCUGCCUCUUCUGGUCCAGGAUGUUUUCCACUUGUGCCCCAGUGACUGGACCACCUGCGUGUUUUAUGCUGUCUUUACCCCACAAUUAGACUCCUCUCAGUACUCCGCGGUAUGUGCAUACAAAAUUGAAGACAUCAAGACCGUGUUCUCAAAGGGCAAGUUUAAGGCUCCUGUUCCCGUUGAGACGUCGUUCGUGAAGUGGGUGAUGUACUCAGCUGAUGUCCCCGAUCCCCGACCGGGAGCAUGCGUUGAUAAUCAUGCCAGAGAAAUGGGUUUCACCAAAUCUCUGGAACUCCCAGACAAAACCUUACAGUUUAUUAAAGACAAACCUCUGAUGGACCAGGCCGUCAAGGAAAUUAUGCAGAAAAUGCAAACCACUGUGAUUCAGAAUUUGAGUUAUGGUAAUGCCAGCCGAUGUCCACAAAUAGAGGACAGUAAGUCAGUCAGCGUCUCGUUUUUCCACGGCAAUACCGUGACGCUGUGGUGCCAGCCAUAUUCCAACCUGGCACAGGUUCAGUGGCAGCUGAACGGACGACCCAUCAAUGCGUCAAACACCUUCCAGAUCCUGUCUGACAGCCUGAUGAUCUUCAACGCCUCCGCAGACGCCAGCGGCCGCUACACCUGUAGUUCUGUAGAGCGGAAUUACCAAACCCAGCACGUAGCAUAUGAUCUAAAAAUGUGGUCGGCAUCCGGGACUACAGCAUUACUACACAACGUUAAGGAAAAAGAAAACACACUUGUGGCCAUGGUGGUGUUAUUGUCACUAAUUCUAGCUAUGCUAGUAAUUUGGAACCUGUACAAAGGGCAUUUUCCUUUGCCGUUUUGCCACAGGAGGGUAAAGGACACGGAGAACAGGUGCGAACAAAGUCCGUAUGAGAACCAGCUUCCAGAACAUAAAAUAGCAUCAUCAACGGUGAACUUGAACAGCAACAACAACCAUGUGAACGACCAGAGGUACUCCAGCUCUAGAGAAACGGACAGACUCUCAACCACUGUUGGUUCCUCAGGUCAGAUCACAAUGAAAUAUAUAGAUGAAUCUGAGAUUUGAGAUUUUUAUGCACAGACUUUCUAAUGCGGCUAAUCGUCAUUUAUAUACAGACCAAGCCCACUGAGGCUGGCUCCUCUUUUGCAGCUAACUCUCGACUAAACUACUGUUUUGACCCACUUUUUGUCCUUGAUGAAUCUAUACCUUCUAAAUGCCAUCGUUCAUGUCCAAUGGACAAAAAAAAAGACACUGAAUCAGACUUUUUUUUGCAUAAGGUCUGUCUCCAUUGCAGCUUACUGUGUCCAAGAAUCACCAAAGUACUUUUCAAGGACAGUCAAAUCACUUGGUGGUCAUAUUUGCAACGCCACCGGGCAGCUAUUUCAGUCAUGCAAAACCAACUCCUAUCCACUUGAAUGGGGAAAUGGUGAAUUUUAAAAGCUGCUUGGCAAUAUUUCAACAUUCUAACAUGAACUGCUUCAUAAAUGCUGUUUCAUACGUUAAAAUAGCGUUACAUUAAAACAUCUGCUAAGUGCGAGUUUUAGGACCCUGAGUGUUUCUGUGUGAACUGGAGCAUCUUCAUUCUAAUGUCACAAUUGUUUUAUUUAUAAGCCAUGACUUGCUAGUUUCGUCAUAUUGCGUUUUGCGGCUUCUCCCGUUCAUAGAGCCUGUCCCAAUACCCACACUUGCCGUCCUGACUACUUGAGAGCGGAUGCACAUGACAGGUUGGCAAGACUGUCCCAGGUCUGAAAAGUGCUAAAGCUCAGUGCCAUUAAAGCACACUAAAUCCCUAAUAAAUCUCUAAUAGCUCUUCAGAGCAGUAUUUGAGGUGUAUCCCAUCAUUCAUCUUGUUCAGGAACUCAUGCGCCCUAUAUUUUGAGGUUAAAAAUGCUCAGACAUAUAAUUUGGUGGUAAAACAUAAAGUGAUACACAUUU